GGAAUCCGCUCCAGCUCCAGCUCCUCCCGUUCGCCCAGCCGCCAUGUCCCAGACGCAGUGCCGCCAGUAAGCAGCCGCCGUCGAGAGAAGUCCGCCAGGAGCAGCAGCAGCAGAAGAAGCAGCAGUAGAAGGAGGGUCAGGAAAUCCGCAACAGGUUGCGUCGCCCAAAAGAAGUGUUUACCCUGCAUCUAGGAUGCAGCAGCGCCGCCAGCCGGCGAAUGGAGGAGGAGGAGGGGGAACCGCCGGCCAGCAGGAGCCGCUAAAUGAGCAGGAGGAUCCAAAGCAGGCCGGGAUUAAGACGCCGCAGCGACGCGGCUGCUACUUCUCGCUGGCCUUCUCCAUCGGCUCGAUGGGAUUGGCCUGCGGCAGCCUGUGGCAGAUCCCCAACAGCAGCGACCGCAUCUCGCUGCAGCGCGGCCUGGUGCUCACAUCGCUGGGAUUCAUCUACUUCGUCUCGCUGACCGAUUUCUGCAACAAAUAUCUGCUGGAGACGAAGCAUGGCCAGAGAUUCCGCCGCAAGUACCGCCUGAUGAUGUCCGAUGUACUGGAGAUUACCAACAAAAUCGUAUCGGCCAUCCAGGCGUCGUUCUCCUUCCUCGUGGGCCUCAUCGUCUGCAAGUCGACGUGCACCAAGUCCUUCGUGUACGCGUCGCACUUCCUGAUGGAGGCCUACGGCUGGUUCGGCACCGCCUACUUUAUGUACGACAUCUGGUCGAUGUACAAGGUGCACACCCAGAAGAUUGCCGACAAGCUGCACCUGCUGCGCAUUACCAAGGGUCAAAAUCAGAACACUGAGCUGGUGAGCAAUGGUCAUCCGGCCAACGGAAAGGUCAAUGGUCAGUCAUCUGGGGGCAACAACAACGGCAGCACUCCGGGCACUCCACACGAAAUCUGCGACUACGAUGGCGCCUGCGUGCAGAUUCCCAAGGACGGCAGAUGGGACUUCCUCAAGUACGUCCUCACGCACCCGGUCAUGAUGAUUCACCACGUCUUUAUCGGUACCUUUGGUCUGCUGGUGGUGACGUACAUCCGCGGCGGAGGCCACUGCAUAUACAGCUACAUGUUCAUGAUGGAGUUCUCCACGCCGUUCGUCUCGCUGCGCAGCAUUUUGAGCACCAUGCGCCUGAAGGACUCGCGCGUCUACAUCGCCAACGGACUCCUCAUGCUGGCCACCUUCUUCGUGUGCCGCGUCUGCAUGUGGCCCUAUGUCAUGUGGCGCUACAGCCUGGCCAUCGAGGCGGCCUCCAUGUGGGCGGCCAUGUGCGGGCUGCCGCGCGGUUGCCUCGUCAGCAUCGCCAUUCUGUUCUUGCCACAGCUCUAUUGGUUCUAUCUGAUGGUUUUGGGGGCUCUCAAGGUUUUCCUGCCGCAGAAGCGACGACCGCCCAACGCCGUCCUUCCAGGCACGUCUGCGGCCACGCCCACUCCCACCGCCCUCGCAAAUGGCAAAAACUAGUGCAAAUUGUAACCUACUUGUUUGUAUCCAUGUAUUUAUUUUGAGGCACAGUUCCAGCCGCUUCCAUUUUGCGGAGAUCUUGCUAUUGUUUAUACAUUUUUAACAAUUAAUUAUACAACAACGACUCAACGGGACGGACGGAAAAUGUACACGAAAAAAGAAUCGAGGGAGGAUUACGAGAAAAAUACAAAAUAAUAAGACCCGGGACAGAUCUUUAGUUGUAAAAAGACAUUAUUUACUAAAAACAUGAAAAGAAAACCAACAAAAAAAAAACGAAGAACAAAAACAAAACUAAAACCAAAUGCAGAUAAAGCGAAUAAACUAACUACAUAUAUGUAUGUUGCUUAUUUUUUGAAGCAAGCCCCCUAACCAUAAA